AUGGAGGAGGAGGAGGAGGACGUUACCGAUCUCCUUCUCCUCGUAGAGGAGACUAUGGUGGUUAUGGUCGUUAUGAUGAUAGAGGAGGAGGGGGGGGUGGUUAUUAUGGUGGUGGUGGUGGUGGUUAUUAUGGUGGUGGUGGUGGUUAUGGUGGUGGUGGUGGUUAUGGUGGUGGUGGUGGUUAUGGUGGUGGUGGUGGGUAUAGAGGAGGAGGAGGAGGAGGAGGAGGAGGGAGAGGAGGCAGCAGCAGCUACCGUAGUAGAUCUCCUAGUAGGAAUAGAGGAGGAGGAGGAGGCGGGUACUAUCGAUCCCGAUCCCGAUCCCCAGAGUAUUGGAGAGGAGGAGGAGGAGGAGGAGGGAGAAGUAGAUCCAGGAGUCCCCCUAGGCGUGAUCGUUCGUAUAAUCGGGGACACUCGCCCUAAUGACCGCCCUUAA